AUGCCAUCAAUACUGAAGACCGUCACCGCAGCAUUGCUGCUUGCCACUUCCUCACUGGCACUGGUGGCCCGCAGCCCUCAACACCUGGACCUCAGGGAGCUCGGGCUACCGGAAAGGCGGGCUGAUCCGAGUCUGACGGGCUACCUUGGUGCCUUCUUCCUCGGUGACGAGCCGGAUGUUUAUUUCUAUCUCAGCAAUGGAAACGAUGCGAUCUCGUUCAAGGCGCUCAACGGUGGCAAAGCGGUGAUCGUGCCCAGCGCAGGCACCGGUGGUGUCCGUGACCCCGCGAUAGUUCCUGGCGGUGGCGCUGAGGCCGGAAAGAAGUGGUACAUCGUCGGUACGGAUCUAGACAUCGGCAAGACGAGUUGGGACGCGGCGCAGAGGACCGGCUCGAGGGGGAUCUUCGUAUGGGAGAGCACCGACCUGAUCAACUGGAAGAACGAGAGGCUGGUUCAGGUCGAGGACAAGACUGCCGGCAUGGUCUGGGCUCCGGAGGCUCUCUGGGAUGCCAACAAGGGCCAGUACCUGGUCCAUUGGGCUUCUAAAUUCUAUGCGGCCUCUGACACCGCCCACACCGGCACCCCAUCGAAUAUCAAGAUCCGCUUUGCCUACACCAGCGACUUCAAGACCUUCAGCGCACCAGCAACCUACAUCGACUACGCCCCCACCAACAUAAUCGACCUGAACAUCCUGCCCUACGGCAGCAGCGACACGAACGCCUACCUCCGCUUCCUCAAGGACGAGACGCUCAAGAACGUCUUCGUAGAGUACUCAACAACCGGCCUGAACGGAACCUGGACGCGGCCCGGCGGCAGCGGCGCCUACAUCCGCGCGCAGACCGAAGGGCCCGCGGCGUACUGGGACAACAAGGCCGCGGGCAAGGUGAACCUGCUGGUCGACUACUACGGCGGCAACGGCUAUGCACCCGUUACGACGACGAACCCCCGGAGCAACAGCGGCUGGGCGAACGCCAGCACGGCCGACUUCCCCGGGGGGCUGAGGCACGGCAGCGUGCUGCCCAUCACUGCGGCGCAGUAUGGUGCUCUCAGCGCUGCGAAGUGGGCGUAG